AAUGAUUUGCAUAUAAUUGUUUCAUUUGAUGAUGGAUGAUAUAUUUCGGUUUCAAACACCAUUAAUUUAUUACUGAACGUAAUCAAUGUCAUCAUUAACGCCGGUGUAAAUCUGAAUAUGUCCACUUUUAUUUGGAUUGUUUUCAUUCGCGGUAUAGUGUUGACAAGCACGCAACCAGCAAUAUCCCCAGAAGGUUCCGUCGUUGUUAAAGAAAGGUCGAACCUCACAUUGACCUGUUCCUAUAAAGGAAAGCCCGUAGACAAAGACACAAUUUGUGUAUGGAGUGAGAUACCAAUUGGGAAAAACCAUCGCAUAACGAGACUUCAAUUGACGAAACCUCGUGGAUCAAUAUGCACGGAGUUUGUUCACUACAAAAAACUGUAUGGGUACCAAUGCUCUGAGAAUAACGUUUUCACCAUCACUCUCUACAAUGUGAGUAGGGAAAACAAUGGAACACAGUGGAUCUGUGAAAUGAUGUUUGUUGGAGAAGCCGCGGCGCAAAGUAACAUCGUUACAUUGCUUGUUAAAGACACAGCAAUGAACAGAAUAAAUUUACCAGACUCGAAUAUCAACUCAUCGAAGGCGUUUUACACCACAAAAGACUUUUCGAUCUCCCCCGCGUUAAACGAAAGUGUAACAAUUACAUCGGUUUCAAACACAUCGUCUGAUACAACUACUGAACAGAGUGAGGUCGACUCUGAUACACCUGGUGUGUCACAUCGAGAUAUCAGUCGCUUGGAAACGUACAUUAUUAUCGGUAUAGCAGCCUGUUCCAUUGUGUGCAUCAUCAUCGGCAUUGGAGCAACGUACAUCGUUGUUCGAUUGAAAGCAAGUAGGAGACCCAGAAGGCAUGUAUCCAACACCAACAUUGAAUCAGAUAUCAAUACAGUUGAAGGACAAAACCAGCUUCGAAGAUAUGAGCAGUUGCAGCUAAGGGGCGAAGCUUUGUACAUGAGUCUCAUAGCCAACAACUAA